CAAAGGCCCCACUGUGGUUCUGGUGUGCAGACCCCCCCCAAGUUGUUACCCGCUCCUCUAACUCCCGCUUCCCUCUCCACCCUCAGGUGUUCAGCGAGAUGCUCCUCCACCCCUCAUGGUCCCUCCCCAUCCUCCUCCUUAGCCUCCUCCCCAGUGUCCCGAUGGAGCCCCCUCCCCCGCCCUCACCGCUGCCUCCAUUUCCGGCCCCUGAGUGGGACCUCCUGUCCCCCCGAGUAGUGCUCUCCAGGGGUGCCCCUGCGGGCCCCCCUCUGCUCUUCCUGCUGGAGGCUGGGGCCUUCGGGGAGCCGCCGGGCAGCCCGGCCAACCGCAGUCGGCGAGGGGUGAGCGAGACAGCGCCAGCGAGUCGCCGGGGAGAGCUGGCUGUGUGCGAUGCAGUCAGCAGCUGGGUGACAGACCGCAGGACAGCUGUGGACCUACGUGGGCGCGAGGUGGAGGUGCUGGGCGAGGUGCCUGCAGCUGGCGGCAGUCCCCUUCGCCAGUAUUUCUUUGAGACCCGCUGCAAGGCUGACAACACCGGGGAAGGUGGCCCCGGUGCAGGUGGAGGGGGCUGCCGGGGCGUGGACCGGAGGCACUGGGUGUCCGAGUGUAAGGCCAAGCAGUCCUAUGUGCGGGCAUUGACCACGGAUGCUCAGGGCCGCGUGGGCUGGCGAUGGAUUCGAAUCGACACCGCCUGCGUCUGCACGCUCCUCAGCCGGACUGGCCGGGCCUGAGACCUGGGUCCAGGGACUGGGCAAGCAGAGGACGAGGAGAGCUGGAUGCUGGCGGACCGCAGGCGUGACCUGGCCGCUCUGGGCCUCGUUUUGGGAACUUGUUAAACAGUUACAAAAUCAUAGCUCUCUGAUUUCGAGAGCUCAAUCUGUACAUUUUGUAUGAGACAAAACCAAAUGGGGUUUUGAAGGAUGAAUAGGAAUUCUCCUGUGAACCCAAGGGUAACGAUGAUGGUGAAAGCCAAUAUUUUCUGAGUGCCUACUGUUUAUCAGCUCUAAUACACAACCUGUCAGAUCAGCUCUGGUAGAUCUGACCCUGGAGGCCUUUGGCUUCUAAGUUGCUGACAAUGUGAUCUCAGGGGACAUCACCUUGCCCAUCCUGGAUGGAGUGACUAGGAAGGAAUGUGUCAAGAAGCGGGUGGGGGGCAUAAAAACUGGAACAUGUAAGCAACUCGCUGGGAGCUGGGAUUCAAAUGGGAAGUUUACUAGGUCAGAUGGGGCAAGAAUGUUCUGUUUUGAGAUAGUGACCUACCCGUCACAGUAGGUACCCAAGAUAGGAGGUCAGGAUGCUAGAGAAUUUGGCCCUGGUGGGGGAUUAGAGUC